AUGUCCUCUCCUUCAACAGAGCCUCAACUCACCACUGACGUGUCUUGUCCAAGUCCUACAGCUGCAAUCUCCCCUAUGAAUAAAUACACAUGUCCAUACUCCAAGCACAAGGAGGGCAGGAAUUUAGUAGUCUGUAUUGAUGGAUCAUCGAAUCGUUUUGGACUGAGGAACACCAAUGUCGUCGAACUAUACAGCCAACUCGUGAAAUCUGAAUCCCAACUCACUUAUUACAACAGCGGUGUGGGCACGCAGGCACGGCCGACAUGGCGUUUUCUUACAUAUGCCCAGUAUUGGCUAAGCAGCAAGGUGGACUUGCUUAUUGCCUGGAAUCUUGAAAAAGUGAUACUGGCGGCGUAUAGAUGGAUAUCAGAAAAUUAUCAGGACGGGGAUAGGAUCUACCUGUUCGGCUUUUCUAGAGGUGCCUACCAAGCUCGAGCAGUCGCUGGAAUGAUCCACCGCGUCGGCUUGAUUCUCCCCGGCAACAACGAGCAAAUACCAUUCGCUUUCGAGCUAUACUCUAAAAUAGAGGAAAAGGUGCCAAAGGCAAAAGGAUCUCAGGGAAAGCGUGUCACUGCGAACGAACUUGCAGAGACGUUCAAGAGUACAUUCUGCAGGUCGGACGUUCACAUCCAUUUCAUCGGCGUAUGGGACACCGUUUCUUCGGUCGGCGUUGUGAGGGGAAAGACGUUGCCUUCGACCACUAACCGUGACCACCAUAUGUGCUAUUUCAGACACGGUCUUGCUUUGGAUGAGCGGCGAGUCAAAUUCCUCCCAGAGUACAUCCAUGGUGCAAAUACGGCAGGUUCCCAUUCCGAUCGCAUCAAGGAGGUCUGGUUUGCGGGUAGCCACUCGGACGUGUACGUUUACGCGUUAAAUCUCGGCACCUUCGAUUUACUAACCGACGUUUGCAGUGGCGGAGGCAAUCGACUCAACGAGAAGCUUCAGUCAGGUGACAUUCCACUGCUGUGGAUGCGAAAGGAGGCUGUCGAGGCAGGCUUGAGGGUGAAGCCCACGGAGGUCGUCUGGAAAAUGGACGAUUUGCAGAAGAGGACGUUCGAUUCACUCCGAAAAGCUUGGUGGUUGCUUGAAUUUGUUCCCGUUAAGCGGGUUGUGUAUGGCACUCAAGACAGUCAAGACAGUCACGCAUUCAAGUACGUACCACUUGAGCUUUCUGCAUCAACGAAUUCAUUUAAGUAA